AUGGUGGCAAGGCGUCAGAAAAAGGUCAUGAAACGAGUGGAUACUCAACACAAACUCGUCAGCGACAUGUUCCCAGAAAAGUUUCGCGAUCGAUUGUACAAACUUGGAGAUGGAAGCGAUGCAGCAUCGGAUACCAUGUCGGUUGGUGGUUCGGAAUGGGCCACCUCGAUUACACCUGGAUUCAAAUCAUCUCGACCAAUUGCUGACUUGUUUCUUGACACCACGGUCAUAUUUAUCGACAUUGCUGGCUUUACCGCUUGGUCGUCAGCGAGAAAGCCAACGCAAGUCUUCAUGCUUCUCGAGCGCCUGUAUUCGUCUUUUGAUAAGCUGUGCCAUCGAUAUGGUGUAUUCAAGGUUGAAACGGUCGGAGAUUGUUUUGUGGGAGUUUGCGGACUUCCAGAGCCAAGAAAAGAUCAUGCUGUUAGGUGUGCAAAGUUUGCCCGUGAAGCAUUGGCAAUUACACCUCGGCUCUUGGCGAAACUGGAAAUCACUAUGGGACCCGAUACCUCGGAUCUUUCGGUUCGAAUUGGAAUGCAUUCUGGUCAAGUGACUGCUGGAGUACUUCGAGGCGAGCGCUCAAGAUUCCAACUGUUUGGUGACACUGUCAACGUGGCGUCUCGAAUGGAGACCUCUGGACUGCGAGAACACAUUCAAGUAUCUGCUACUACUGCCGCACAACUGACUGAACACGGGCGCAAAAAGUGGCUUAAGCAACGUGGAGAAAUCGCUAUUCCUGGAAAAGGCAUGAUGAAGACAUACUGGUUAGAAACAAAGGCAGAAUCUGAAGCUCGACACAAGAAACUCAAUAUGGCGAAUUCCGAACAUGGACACGGAAAAGCUUCGUCAGUUUCGUUCAAUGACGAGUUUGCCAAUCUGGAUUCCAGUACCCAUUCGGGGGCGUCAUCCGAAAGCUUUUUUGACGAUGAUAUUGACGACUUUGAUCAGCUUGAUCAAAGUGGGAAGAAUGCAGCUGGUCUGAGCAAAACACAACGAUUGAUCGAGUGGAAUGUCGAAGUAUUGAAGGGUCUAUUGAAGCAAGUUGUCGCAGCAAGAAAGCAUGAGACAACCAACUUGGAGCCAUUUGUCCAGAUGGAAAAGAAGUUCCAAAGAGGAAUGAGUGAAGAUAAGACCGUCUUGGAGGAAUUCGUUGAAAUUAUCUCGCUACCAACCGUUUCAUUGAAGGAUUUGCGCAAGCGCAAGGAUCCAAACGACAUCCUCCUACCAACUGACGUCGUUGACCAGCUGCGUUCUGUAGUCUCAGCGAUUGCAAGCUGCUAUGAUAUGGAUGUGCCGUUUCACAACUUUGAGCACGCUAGCCAUGUUACAGCAUCCGUGGCCAAGCUGUUGAGUCGAAUCACCACAUCCGAUUCCACCCAGCAGACAUCUGGGCCUCAGGAUUUGCAUACAGAAGAUAUUGCUGGACAUUCCUACGGUAUCACGUCGGAUCCAUUGACUCAAUUUGCGGUCGUCUUCUCGGCCAUCAUCCACGAUGCUGGCCAUUAUGGAGUCCCCAAUGCUCAGUUGGUUGCUGAGAACGACCCAAUGGUGACCAAAUACAAGGGAAAGAGUAUGGCGGAGCAAAAUUCAGUCGAUAUUGUCUGGGAUUUGUUGAUGAAGCCAGAAUACGCGAGUCUCCGAACUUGCAUCUAUUCCACCGAUGAGGAAAUGCGUCGAUUCCGUCAACUCUUAGUCAAUGUUGUGAUGGCAACCGAUAUUGCUGACAAGGAGUUGGGUGCUUUGCGUAAAGCACGAUGGAACGUUGCCUUUGACAAGACCGAAAAUGAAAUGCUUUCUUCGGACUUGGACCGCAACCGCAAGGCCACUAUUGUGAUUGAGCACUUGAUUCAAGCUUCGGAUGUCAGCCAUACCAUGCAACAUUGGCAAGUCUACAUCAAAUGGAACGAGAAAUUCUUUGCUGAGUGCUACAAGGCCUGGCAAGAGGGCCGAGCAGAGAAAGAUCCAAGUCUGAGUUGGUACGAGGGAGAAAUCGGGUUCUUUGACUUCUACAUCAUCCCAUUGGCAAAGAAGUUGGACUCUUGCGGUGUAUUUGGGGUGUCCUCGCAUGAGUACUUGAAUUAUGCGAUUGCCAACCGGGACGAAUGGAAACAAAAAGGGGAAAGUAUAGUUGCUGGGUACUUGAAAAAGUACAGGAUAAAAAAGACCAACACUGAAGAGGACAUUUAA